AAAAUUUCUUGAGCAGCACGCGACUUUUGUCUGUAUCGACACCCGCAGUUCCCACACACGCAGCCAUGCUACGACAAACCGUCUCGGCCACCUCCAGAGCCCUCCGCUCCACUGCCAGGCUGGGGACGCAGCGGCAGACCGUCCCGUUCGCCCAAUCCUACCAAACACCCUUCGCCGUAGUGCGGGCAAUCGCCGUGGCGCCGCGGGCAAGAUGGUACAGCUCCGAGACCGAUGCCGCCAAGGCAGAUACCGCCAAGGCCGACGAACCCAAGAGCAACGAAGAAGAGGUUAAGAAGGAGGGCGAAGCCGAGAGCCCUGAAGCAGCACUCAAGAAGCAAUUAGAGGCCAAGGAGGCCGAGCUCCGGGAGAUGAAGGACCGGUUUCUCCGCUCUGUCGCCGACUUCCGCAACCUGCAGGACAGGACCGAGCGCGACAUGAAGGCGGCGCGGGACUUCGCGAUCCAGCGGUUCGCGCAGGACCUGGUGGAGUCGGUCGACAACUUCGACCGGGCGCUGUCCAUGGUGCCGCAGGAGAAGCUCCAGGCGGAGGAGAAGUCGGAGCACCUGCAGGACCUGGCCAACCUGUACGAGGGGCUGAAGAUGACCGAGACCGUCCUGCUGUCGACGCUCAAGAAGCACGGGCUCGAGCGCUUCGACCCCAACGGCGAGGUCUUCAACCCCAACGAGCACGAGGCCACCUUCAUGACGCCCAUGCCCGACAAGGAGCACAACACCGUCUUCCACACGCAGCAGAAGGGCUUCAAGCUCAACGGCCGCGUCCUGCGGCCGGCCAAGGUCGGCGUCGUCAAGAACAAAUAAAACAGCGGGCGACCUCCUCCUUUUCACCAGGGAGUCAAAUUGCGGGGAGAGAGAGUCCGUCUCUCGCUCCCCGCGUGUAAUACUAUUGUUGAGUCUCCGGACGGAUCUAUUUGCACGCGCCGAUGUAUCUUGGACCAGGGUGGCGGGGCGUUUUUGAUUUCAUGGUCUCCCAUGUAUAAUGCUCCUCUCAUGAUGUUGGUGCAGCAUAUGGAAUGCGGCAGGGAAAAAGGAUAGAUGAGGACUGCUGUUGGGCAGGUAUACAGAACCUCUUGCAUGCUCAGACACGCUACUUUAAUGCAUAUAGUGCUGUGGUGGGAUAUAACUGCCUGGCGGAUACGAUAGCAGCCAGGGUGUGUGAUUGAUCUCCAGGGCUUGCCAUUA